CCUGAGUGAUCCAGUUUAACAACAUAAAAUUUUCUAAAUAUUCAUCAAAUUCUUUUAAACUAUAAUUAAGUGCUGUUCAUAGUAAAUUUAUAACAUUGCAGCUAAUAUAACAGGCCCACAAAAUGAAUCGAAGGUCAGAGGAAGGAGUAAAAGCCAUAGAAUCCAGCAGAUCCGAAAAGAAGCACAAAAAGAAACAGAAGAAGGAAAAACACAAGAAAUCAUCAAAAUCAAAGAAGGAAAAACGUAAAAAGAAGCAUCGUCAUACAUCAGAAUCCAGUGAACAUCAAACUCCUCCAAAAAUCCCUGUCGUGUCCACAAUCAAUUUGGACGAUGAUAUUUCAGACAGUGAAAUUAAAAAGUCUAAAGAAAUCUUCUCAAAACUAGUUGGAAAGCGCGAAAACAAUGAGAAUGGCGAUUCAAGAAGCAAGAGACAAAAGUUAAUAUCCACAGAUCCUGACGAACUUGUAAAUAUUAUUAAGAAAACCAUAGAGACAUCAAAAAUACAAUCAACAACAGUCGUAUCGAGUGACAGUGAAGGAGUGAUUGAGGAAGACUGCGAGAGUCCUGAUGUUGCUGUAAUUGAGAAUGAUGACGAUGAUAUGAAUUUGGACGAGUUGAUGCGCCAAAAAGCACUUUUACAGAUGGCAUUAGAAAAUACAGUUUCAGAGAAUGAAGACACAAAUAAUAAGGAGGAAUCAACAACACCAAAAUUGGUCUUUAAAGGACAAAUUCAGUUUAAUAAAACUAAAAAAAUUGAGCGUAAUGAUGACGUUAUAUUGUUGGAUUCAUCGCCAGAUAACAAUAAAAAGGAACCGACUAAAUAUCAACGAAAAAGUUCAGUUGAAAAGAUAACAAUUAAAGAGUCUCAAAAACGAGAAUCGUCACCAUCACGCUUAGAUGACAGAAAGAGAAAUGAUGACAGACGUAGACGUGACAACGAUAAUCGUUAUAAAGAGGAUUUACGCCGAGAAAUUGAUCGUGAAAAGGAUAUGGAACGUAAAGAUAAAAGAAACGAUGUCCAAAGACGUCAACGAAGAAGAUCCAGAAGUAGAGAAAUGGAUGGAUCAAAAAGGUAUAAUGAAUAUGAUAGAAAUCGUAGAUCUCCAGAUAGACGUGACAUGUACAACAAUAGAGACAGACGUGAUAGACGAUUUUCACGUGACAGAGAUAGAGGCAGAGAUUUUGAAAGAGAUAGAGACACGAGACGUUACUUUGAGGCCAGAGAUAAGGAAAGACGUCGAGGCAAAAAUGAUUGCGACAAAUUUAAAGAUUCAUUAAGUGAAGGAUUAAAACAUGAUAAGAAUUCAAGUAGCAGUGACAGUGAAAUUCCCGAUAUAAAAUUAGACGACGAUGAAGAGGAUGAGGAAGCUAUUAUUGAGAAAAGAAGGAAGCAACGCGAGGAAUUACUUAAGAAAUUUGGAGCAGCAAGUGAGGACAGUAAUACAAUUCAGUCUGUUGGAUCAACGCCAGUUUUAAAGACAGAAAUUGAGGAAGAUGAACAGAUUUUCCUUGUUUCUCCGAAAAUGAAGGAAGUAGAAUCGAAGGCAGACACACCAGAAAUAUCACUAACACCACCAAUUGAGGAUUUAAAUAAUAAGUUAAAGGAACAGGAUGAUUCGAUUAAGGAAAAAGCAGCAAAAACUAAAGAAAAGGAGACGAAAAGAGGAGAUUGGGAUAUGUUUGCUGAGCAAGAUUUAGACUCUAAUUUCGAUUCUCCAAGCACAAUUGUGGCUAAUAAGCAGAGUGCUAGUGACAAUCCAGCUUUAACUGAUAAUUGGGAUGAUGCUGAAGGAUAUUAUCGAGUUAGAAUUUCAGAAAAUCUCGAUAAUCGUUAUAUUGUAAGUGGAUUUACUGGUCAAGGAGUUUUCAGCAACGUCGUUCGCGCAAAAGAUCAGGCUAGAGGAAAUGUUAAUGUCGCCAUCAAAAUCAUCAGAAAUCGCGAGUUGAUGCACAAGACGGGACUUCGGGAAUUAGAAUUUUUGAAGAAAUUAAACGACGCAGAUCCAGAAGACAGAUAUCAUUGCAUGCGAAUGUACAGGCACUUUUAUCACAGACAACAUUUGUGUAUGGUAAUGGAACCGCUAAGUAUGAAUCUUCGAGAAGUGCUGAAGAAAUAUGGCAAAAAUGUUGGACUUCACAUAAAGGCGGUGAGAAGCUACACCCAACAACUUUUGCUUGCUCUGAAGCUACUAAAGAAGUGUAAUAUUCUGCAUGCAGAUAUUAAGCCUGAUAACAUUUUGGUAAAUGAUAGUAAUUUAGUUUUGAAACUUUGUGAUUUUGGUUCUGCAAGUCUGAUAACUGAUAAUGAAAUUACGCCGUAUUUAGUUAGUCGGUUCUAUAGGGCACCUGAAAUCAUAUUGGGACUUUCAUAUGAUUUUGGAAUCGAUAUGUGGUCUUGCGGAUGCACUAUUUACGAAUUGUAUACCGGAAAAAUUUUGUUUAAUGGCAAGUCGAACAAUCAAAUGCUUAAAUGCUUCAUGGAUUUAAAGGGAAAGAUUCCGAACAAAGUCAUAAGAAAAGGACAGUUUAAGGAUCACCACUUUGAUGGUAACGGAAACUUCUUGUCUCACGAGGUUGACAAGAUUACUGAAAGGGAUAAAGUUGUCGUUGUGUCCGUGAUCAAGCCAAUUCGGGAUCUGCAGCAAGAGCUGGUAUCUCAAAAUCUUCCAGAAGAGCAAGUUCGCAAAGUGUCACAAUUGAAGGAUUUACUCGAUAAGAUAUUUUCAUUAGAUCCUUCAAAGCGUAUAUCUCUCAAUCAUGCAUUAUCACAUCCAUUUAUUCAAGACAAAAUUUAAGUCAGUUUUGUGUUGUGUGUCUCAAUGCACUUUUAAUGGAUCACAAACAUAUUAAGAGGUAAACCUCAGUGAAAAAAAUAAGUAAUAUUAAUAAAACAUUUUAAAUUUGUAUUUGAUUAGUGGAAAAUUAUUGGCCCAUAAAUUAGGGACAUCUUCCUUUUUUUUUUUGUUUAUUCUUGUAUGAAAAGUUUUUUAAAAAUAGUAAAAGAAGUUCAGAAAAGGUCAAUAUUUGAGGAAAAAUAAGUAAUAAAUUAUGUGUAGU